AUGGCGAAUAUGGAUCCUAUUAAGAAAUUCAAGCGCAUCGGAGUUGUGGGUGUUGGCAGUAUGGGCUCAAUGAUGACCUUCGCCUUCUCCGAAAUGGGGCUCGACGUCUCAAUCUUCGACGUUGACAGGACCAAUGUCGACAAAGUAACGAACUGGGCCAAGAGUGCCCCCAAUGUCAAGGGCAAGAUCACUGAAUUCUACAACAUCAAAGAGUUCAUUAAAAGCCUCGAGGGAGGAGAACGCAAAUUGUUCAUGUUUUCCAUCACACAUGGUGAACCCGCAGAUCAGGUUCUGAGCAUGAUCAUGCCCGACCUGAAGAAGGGCGAUAUCGUCCUGGAUGGUGGAAACGAGAAUUAUCGCCGCACCGAACGCCGUCAAAAAGAAUGUGCGGAAAUCGGUGUCUCCUGGAUCGGCGUUGGUGUCUCUGGUGGUUACCAGUCUGCUCGUCGUGGACCAAGUCUCUCCCCGAGUGGAGAUGCAAAGGCACUUGAACUAGUCAUGCCGUUGCUCCAGAGAUACGCAGCCAAGGAUCCCAAGACUGGUACCCCAUGUGUUACUCGCAUUGGCCCUGGCGGAUCCGGACACUUUGUGAAGAUGGUCCACAACGGCAUUGAAGGUGGAAUGUUAUCUGCCCUUGCCGAGGCAUGGUCUUUUAUGCAUUAUGGCCUAGGUAUGGGCUACGAGGAGAUUGGAGAUGUCUUCGCGAAAUGGAACUCCGAGGGUGAACUGCGCGGCAACUUCUUGAUCAACAUCGGCGCUGACAUCCUGAGAACGAAGAGGACCAUGAAAGGUGAUGGAAAUGGAGAAGGAAUUGGCAACAAUGGAUUCGUUCUCGACGAUGUUCUCGAUAAGGUCGUUCAGGACGACGAUGGUACCGAGGGAACACCUCUCUGGUCGCUCAUGGAGUCCGCCGCGCGACAUGUCUCCUGCCCCACUCUAGCAGCUGCUCACUACAUGCGCAUUGCGAGUGGAAACCGUCAGGAGCGGGUCCAAGUCUCGAAGAAGCUACAAAUGCCCUCACCUCGACCCAUCAUAAACUCCCAGAGCUCCAAUGAGGCGAUCAUUGAAAAAUUGCGCCUGGCGGUAUAUAGCUCUUUCCUAUCGUCCUUCUGCCAGGGACUCGAGUUGAUUUCCAGAGCAUCUGACGAUGAAAGCUGGAACAUUGAUCUGGGCAAAUGCCUUCAAAUCUGGCGCGCGGGCUGCAUUAUCAAAUCUGGCGCGCGGGCUGCAUUAUCAAAUCUGACUACAUUGCCGAUCUGCAAGACUAGCAUGUCGAAUAUGAAAUUCAUCGACGCGGUCUCAACUGAGCUACACAACAGCUUCGGUGCCUUGAAGGAUAUUGUUAUUGAGGGCACCAAGAGUGAUCAGUAUAUGCCGGCGAUCUCUGCGACAUUGGAUUAUCUGAAGUAUGAGAGUGGACUUGUACUGCCGACCAAGUUUAUGGAGGCCCAGAUGGAUUAUUUUGGUGCACACUGUUACAACAAGCCGGGUGUUGCCGGAGAGGAUCCUGGUCCCGUUAUGAAAGGACCUCACCACUAUGAAUGGAAGGUGGCUUAA